AUGUCAUCAUUUCCUAUUCGGAAUUCUGUUACGCAAGUUUCUCAUUCCACCUGGCGCCUUGGGUGCACAAUCGAGUGCAAUCGAAUCGCGGAACCAGACGACACAUGCACGGCUGCCUGGAAAGACGGAGAAGAUUGGUAUAUUCUUCGGCAUGCAAUAUCUGAGCAACCACCCGAUGCUACGCCUGCAAAUUCGCAAGAGGUCCGUUUGAUUCAUGAAGGAGGCACCCUGUCGGCAGUAUGGGCCAUUGGAAAUAAUGCCAUCUGCAAAGUCCACUCCUGGACCUCCGAUACCACUUCAGAGAGCAAAACCAUCAAAUUCGUUCAAGAAAACGCACCCCAGGUAUCUAUACCUGAAGUGAUCUAUUCGUGGGUGGAUGGGAAUCGAUCAUUCUUAGUGCUGAAAAGAGUUGCGGGUAUAACGCUGAGACGCUUGGGGGACAAUGUCCGCUACCGAACAAGAUUCCAUCUUAGAUGA